AACUUCUCAGUGUAUGUUUAACACAAAUAUUUAUAUCUGUAUCACAAAUGCACAUCUAUCAUUUUGUUUGUGGGGUAGGGAGGAACAAUGGGUUAAGAAAGACGGCAAACACAUUUCUCUCCUUCCCAUUUGGCAUUUGCGUAACAUUAGCAGCUGUCCAAAUGUAUGCAUGUCGUUUCCAUCCUGUCUUUUGUUAAAGUAAAUUCAUUAAGUCGGAUUACCACAAUUUCCACCAAAACCUUUGGCUUUUUAACUUCCUUUUCCAGGAAACAAAAAGAGCCAAACAGAAUGUGCAGCCAGUUCAUUUCUUCAGCCAAACUGCUGGGUCUGAGCUUUAAGCAGUUUUCCAGCUCAGAGAUCUAUCUAAUUGGAAGAAUAUCUCUUUCCACAAGUACUUAACCUAACCUCCAGGAUUUUCUUGUGCACCUUUUUUUUCAAGGUCUGUGCCAAAUGAAACCCAGCAGAUAACCAGUGAAAAGGCCUUUCCAGAAUUACUUUAAUGCUUUUUUUAAACUGAUUCCUGCUUAAACCAUGAAUGGAAGUAUCAACGCUUCCAACUGGACAUCUGCUUCUGGGCAAUGCCCCCGAGAUACCAGGACAUCUCAUGUUGUAUUUCCAAUUUUGUACAGCAUUCUUUUCCUUUUGGGAUUUCUACUGAACAGCGUGGCUGUAGUUGCUUUCUUCCAGAUUCCAACCACUUCAAGUUUCAUUGUGUAUCUUAAGAACACCGUGGUCUCCGAUUCCAUCAUGACUCUCAUGCUGCCUUUCAAGAUUCUAACAGAUUCAGAAAUGGGGUUCUGGCAACUUAAAGCAUUUGUUUGCCGUUUUUCAGCGGUAAUAUUUUACCAGACCAUGUAUAUAAGCAUUGUGCUGCUUGGACUUAUUUCCUUAGAUAGGUUUCUCAAGAUCAUUCAGCCGUUUGGGAAAUUCUGGUUGCACAAGAUCUCUUCAGCUAAAGUGGUUUCAUGGUCUGUUUGGCUCUUCUUCUUUGUCCUCUCCUUGCCCAAUGUGAUCUUGACAGACCGUGAGGCUACAUCUCUCCCAGUGAGGAAGUGUGCUUCAUUGAAAAGUGACUUGGGACUGAAAUGGCAUGAAGCUGUCAAUUACAUCUGUCAAAUCGUCUUCUAUACUGUGCUGAUUUUGAUGCUUCUGUUUUAUGUAAUUAUUGCUAAAAAGAUUUAUAGCUCUUAUAAAAGAACCAAGAUAGCAGAGUGUAAAAUUAAACAAAGAGCCAAAAGCAAGGUGUUUAUAAUUGUAGCAGUUUUUUUCAUCUGUUUCGCCCCUUAUCAUUUUGUUCGGGUACCUUAUACUCUUAGCCAAAGUGGCCAGAGUAUGAGUUGUACUAAACAGAAUCAAUUAUUCAUAGCCAAAGAAAGCACUCUCUGGUUAGCUACUGCAAAUAUAUGUAUGGAUCCAUUAAUAUAUGUGUUCUUAUGCCGGAAAUUUAUAGAAAAAGCCUUUUGUUCUAAAUUACAAAAAUCCAGGUAUACAAUUCAAGAAAGUACAACCCUGGCAUUGGAUACUGGAAUAUCUACAUAGAUGUUAUAUUUUCAGUAAAUAAGUGUGGGAAACUGUUUUUAAAUGCCAAUUGCAGGUUAUUAAUAGAAAACAACUAAAUAACAUUCCUCUAUGCUUGGCUAAUACAUCAUUGUAUCUCAAUUACUUGGGUUGUGUAUUUUCUUAUGUGGGAAAAUAGAAUUAUGAUGUUAUCUGCAGGUAUUUCAAAAGGAAGAUCACACAGCUAUUAUCACAGUACAUUUGUUUGAUAAUUGUUUUCUUAAACUGAAAAAUAGAGACAAGCUUUGUUUAGUGCCAUAUUUUGCUCUACAACAGAAUACAGAUCUGUACUCCAAAGCUUUGGCUUUAGACCAAGGGUGUCAAACUCAAUUUCAUGGAGGGCCGCAUCAGGGUCGUGUUUGACUUCAGGGAGCAGAUUGGUGUGGCUAGGGCAGGAAUGGCCAGCUCGACGUCACUUGUGUCGGGGGCACCUCUGGUGACCCGACUGCUCUGCCAGAGAAAACAGGCUCCCAAGCUCCAUUUUCAGCUGCGUUGGCCUUCUGCAACCCUCUGCCAGUGAAAAUAGACCUCAGAAGGGGGGCAGCCCACCUGCCACCUGAACUCUGUUUUUGCUGGCAGAGGCACCACAGGGCUUACUCUUUCCAGGAUAGCCCCAUAGGCCAGAUCUAUGUACCCACGGGCCAAAUACAGCCUUUGGGCCUUCAGUGUAACAUGCCUGCUUUACACAGUGUACUUUCUUUAACCAUUUGGUUACUAUCAAUUCAUUCAUAUGAAAUGGUAUUUUGACUGGGAUUUUUUAAUUGUAAUCAUUUAGGUAUCAGACAAAUAUUUCAGUAUUGUCCCAAGUUUUAAAAAAAAUGUCCUACUAUUCUGCAUUAGUACAUAUUUCAUAUGUCUUAUGAUAUUAUGUAAACCAGCUAGAGAAUGGGGUUUCCGAGUGAACUAAAUAAAUGUUAGAAAUAUAUACAUAUUCUGAUUCUUCUCAAUUCUAUUUUGUAAACAGUCUGUAUGUAUUUCUGCUAUUGCCCAAGAUGUGCCUGAUUGGUAAUAUUGCAUUUCCAAAAUGGUUAUGAUUUUAAUCUUUAAUGUUGCAAUAAACUUGAUCCAGAUUACAUAAAAGGUUAUCUUUACCCAUACCAAUAAGUCCCAAUGUUAUUUUUCUCGAGAGAAUGCCUUUUGACUUCCUACAAGCAUUCCUGGCCCUUAAGGUUAUGCUUACAACAUGAGGGCUUUUUUUCAAUAACCACCCUCCAAUUUGGGAUGAGUUUCCACUGGAUCUUUGUAAAGUUCUUUUCUCACUUCCCUUGAAAAAAAACAUUUGGCUUUCCUUGAAUAGUAUUUUUGGGUGGUUGCUUUUAGUUGUCAUCAUUCCCCUUUAUUAUCUUUACUGAUUUUAUCUGUUUUAUUAUACUUUUUAAUAGUAUGUAC